AUGGAGAGUUCUAAAAUGGGUCUUUGGUUAAAGGAAACAGUAAUACCAAUUGGCAAUUUCCAUGAAACUACAGAACCCUUCAUAUACAAAGUUGAAGCACAUGAUCAUUCCUCUCCAAGCGAACUAUCUUCGCUUGACCAAGAUGAUCGUCGAGUCAUUGCAACACAAGGCGCUAUUUAUAAUUUGAAAACUGAUAACGCGUACUACAUUAUAUGGCGCGUGCUUAAAGAUCGAAUUCUUGAGCUGAGGCUGUGUACGCUAUACUGUGUAAAGUCGGAACAGCCAGGACUGGAUCAGGCGUUCAGACAAGCCGUGCAAUACGUUUUUCCUGCGAAAAUUUUGCCUGGUGUCAGCUUAUUUGAAAAUGUUUCGACACAUACGUUGCAGUUUGUUGUGUUGCUUGAUAAUAAAGAGUUACAUAGGCUCUCGUUACCCUUACGGAAUCUGUUUUUGAUGAAAAACAUGAAAUAUACACAUGAGUCGCAUCCAGUUGCCUUAUUGCACGGAAAAGAACCAGUUUUAUUACACGCGAUUAAUUAUGAUAGCUCUGCGAUUGGAUGUGAUGAUGGAUCUGUUCUGUCAAUUUACUAUGAUAGGGAUACAGUCGUACCAAGAUUUCGAGAAGAUCAAGUGACAAAUAAGAUAAUGGCUCAAAUAGCAGAAAAUCUUCAAUAUGUCAAAGACAUGCCAAAGAUUUUCUUCUCGAAAAUGAUCUUUUGGCCAGAACCUGAACGCGGCGCAUUUAUGACUGGAAAUGAUGAAUAUAAACUAUCUAGACCAAUUGCAUUCGAUUCAUAUCAGGAUCAAAGAUCAAAUAGAUUUCUCGUGUGGAUUUGCAAUGAUCAACAAGUUAAAGUUUGGUCUCUACAUAAGAACCGAGACCAUCUUACCGAUAACUCUUUUGUGAUAUCGGCAACAGAAACGGAAGAUUUCUCGACUUCAUCAGUGUUUAAUAGUUCUCGAGGUCUUGUCAAGGUUAUUCCACCUGUGACAAAUAAUUCAUUGACAUUCAGCUUUAUAAUAUUUUUGUCUACUCCCCAGAACAAAAAUUUUUUUGUUCUUUAUCGGGUGGCUUUUCACUCAACUGGUGAUCUGAAAUAUCUGCAGAGAGUUGAAAAGAUACCAAUCGAGAAUGAGAACUCAGAUGAGCUUCCUCUAUUCAGCAAUCUAGUUGAUUUUUCGUUGGUCGAAUUGAACGAUACUCAUGAGGCACCACAAAAUCAACGACAGUUUGAGUUGUGGGCUGCCUUGCAAGGUCAAGAAAAUCAAAUAAGACCGACAAUAUUAUUCACUAAACUUUCUUUAAAUUUCGCGCAUCUUAUAGAUAAAGACGAAGAUGAUGUCGAAUGUGAAUUUUCUAAUGAUUGGAAUAUAGUAUCCUGCCCAGAAACCCCUUUCAAUCCUUCAGAAAUUGUCUCUCGACAACCAAAUAUUACUGAAAAAGACAUUGACGCGGCUUAUUUGAAUUAUAUCUUUUACCCUGGUCUAUUUUCGAGAUCGUCAAUUAUUCGAAGUCUGCGUGAUUUCGAAAAAAGGUUCAUAGUUCAAACUACGAUAAAUAGAACGGAAAUCAAUGGACAGAAUCAGCAGUUAUCAAAUCUUCUACAAAAUUCUGAUCUUGAUCUCAAAGAUUACGCGUGCAAAUUGAUAAAGAAGAGACUCUCCGCUAAAAACCACCGUCCUGAAGAAUAUUGCGAAAAUUUGUUCAGGAGUUGGGAAUCAGUAAAGCAAUUUUGUCAGAUAUAUGAAAUCUAUGCUAGGGUGCCAUUAAGACUAUGCAUUUUCCCAGCUUCAAGCAUUGUCACAGUGAUCAAUAGCGAAGCUAUUACAUUUGUACGAUGUUGUGAAGAAAUUGAGGUUUUGGAGGGUUAUACUAAAAGAAACUUUUAUCAUAGCCUGAAUUCAGGAUUAUUGACAUCAAACUUAUUGAACGAAAAAUAUCCAUCGAUAAUCGAUGCUAAAACUCGAUCCGACAUACUUAAACUACUUAAUGCCGCUAAUCACAUGGUGAGACAUAUAGAAACUUUUGAUAUGGUCUUGAUCGAAAACGAAAUUAGUGCAAUUUUGUCUGAUGCUUCCACGGCAUCAGCUCUUACUUUUGAUAUUGAGUACUUCUAUAAUCAUUAUCUCAAGAAACACAUCACAAAGGAAACACUUCAGCUUAUAAAUGAUUCUGUGGAUUCGUGUGAUCGUUGGGCAAGAACAUUGCGCAGAAUAUACGAAGCUUUGCUAUGUUGUGCGCUUCCUGAGGCUGAAGAAAAUUUUCCGGGCGAGGAUUCUCAUUUAGAACCCAGCGUACUUACAGAUGCACUAAUUGCUUCUACCACUUCUGAAAUUAUCCGAUGUCGAUUCACAAUCUGCCGAGAUUUAUUUCUCCUAUUAGUCAUCUUGGUGUUAUUUGAAAAAUCAGAUUAUUCAAAAAACGUUUUGUCAAUGUGUAUGGCAACAUUAUAUCCACAAAUUAUUCUCAAAUGGGUAUCCUCACAAUCAUUGCCAUCUGAUAAAAACCAUUUAAGAGUGGCACCCAAUACUUCAAAUAAUGAUGAUUUGAUUACGGCUCUUUCGAGUCUAAGUCUCAAACCAGUCACCAUAGCUACCGGCUCCACAAAAUUUGUGCGAUAUAGUUUACUUCACAGUCUGCUGCACUUUAAAAUGAGGAUUCGAGUAGACAUAAAAAGAGGAUUUUCCGAGAUAUUAUCGGUGGCUUCUCAUGAUUUUUUAAAGCAGAUCGGCUUUUAUCCAGAAGUUGCUUCAUAUAUCGUCGGUACUAGGAAUUCUUUUAUUGAUUUCGGAAUAUUUCUUGAUCAAAGCAAUCAGCUUGGAUUACUAUAUCAUUAUCUUCAAUUACUUGUUGGUAAUCCGGGUGUCUGCUUUCUGUGGGGUAAACUUUAUCUUAAAUGUGGAGUAUACGAAAAAGCACAAGAAUGGUUUCAAAAGGCCGCCGUCGGAUUUGUCUCGGAUGUAAAAGAUAGACCAUAUACUUACCCACCUCCGGUGAAUCCACAACCUCGAAAUUUAGCUGGAUAUUGGCAAACAAUCGGUCAAGAGUUUAAAACUUACAAUCGACCAAGCAAUGUAGUUCGUUGUUGUCACCUUGCUCUAAGAGCUUUCAGUGAUCAAGAGCGAAAAUCACCAGAGGGUAAAGAAUUGAUGAUCGAACUAUGGCACACUAUGUUUAAAAACGCGUUAGCUGCAGACUUAUACGAAGAGGCUUUUUUAGCGAUGAUGGAAAAUCCAGAUAAGGAGAGACAAAAAACAUGUCUCCGUGAAUUUGUUGAGAUCAUGUGCAAGAAAGAUGAAGCUGAGAAACUUUGCCAAUUCGCAUUUCAUCUUCUUGAGGAAGAAUUCGAAGCUAUCUUAGACAAGAAGGCCCAUGAAUCCAAGCCAAAAGAAGCUCCAGAUUAUUCAAUGAUCGCUUACUCUUAUUAUAUAAAUAAUGGUGAUUAUGUGCAAGCCGCCAAAAUUAUGUAUCAUUUUGCUCAAAAAGUUGACGAAAUGGAUAUCUCAUCAGAUGAAUUCAGUCAUUGGAUAGCUCGACAAACACAAAGUUAUCUAGCUGCAGUUAAUUCAUUAGAAUUGGUUGAAGAAAAGAAAGCUUGGUUCAAUUAUCCUCGGAAAGUUCAAUCUGGAGAUGAUAAUAGAAAACGGAAACGACAGAAGCUUAAUUAUAUUUUUGAUGACAAGUCACAGCAAACCAAUGGUUCUCACAAAGAAAUUGAUAUAAUUGAACUUAAAGACAUUAGGAAGGAUUACGCAUUUUCCAUAAUUAAAUUAAAGCUUGCAAAAGAUUUUGAAUACAAAGAGAGAAUCUUGGAUCCUGAAGACGCUAUCGUCUUAUGUUCGCGCUAUGGUUAUUUUGAAGAUGCAUUUAAACUUGCUGCUGAAUAUGAUCUGGAUAUGAGCCCCAUUUUUAGUGAAUUGGCCUGGAAAUGCGUACGAUUAUCAACCAAUGAGGUUUUUGAUAUGAGAAAGAUAAUAUUUGACUUUCAACAUAUCGGGCAUCGUGCUAAUGCUUUACAUGGUUCCGAUUCUGAAAAAGCAUGGAAAUUACUUCAGUUUUACUUGGACGAGUAUGAUAUUCAAACGACCGAAUCAAAAUAUCGAACAGUGGUGUUAAGGAAAAUUUUAGAAACUAAUAAUCAAGCAGUAAUUCCGCCUUGGUUAACUUUGGCUUUUAAGAAAAAUAAUCAAGAUAUCUACCUAAAGAUCAUGCUGGAAUUCAGGUGUUUACCGGAAGCAACUCGAUUCGCUUUGCAUAUUAUUCACCAAGAGGAGGAAAAAGAGACGUUAGAACCAUUAUCAAGAUGGGUCCCGUGGACAUUAAUAGAACAAUUAUUAGUUCAAAUAAAAGAUGCAAUUCAGUCGGUUUCAACUGAGCAAGAAUUGUUAAGGGGUCUUGGAGACGAAUUGCAGAAUCAAUUAGAUUUAUAUUUUGGUAAAAUCGUUCAACAACAAAAUGAUAAUAUAGAGAAUAUAUACUAA